AUGUCUUUGACAAGCAAGACUAUCGUCGUCUUCGGCUCUACUGGUCUACAAGGAACAGCUCUCAUAGAAGCCCUUUCACCUAAUCCUGAUUUCUCGAUAAUUGCUCUAUCUCGCAAUCCGACCUCUGGAUCCGCUCAACAACUCGCCAAACUUCCUCGAGUUCAAGUAGUCAAAGUAGCCGAUGAUAAUAUGGAUGAGCCUUCCAAAGUCUUCCCCGCCCUUGGCCUCGAGAAGGGAGACGUGUAUGGCGUGUUUAGCGUUCAAUCAUACGUAGACGACAAUACCAUGAUCAAGCAAGGUAAAAUUAUUGCAGAUGCAUCAGUUCAGUUUGGAGUCAAGCACAUCGUAUACUCUUCGACGGAUUUCGGUGGUUUGGACGAUACUGGUUUCUCAACGUUUGAAUGUAAACGCACAGUUGAAAACCACAUUCUUUCCCUGCCAAUCUCUCAUACCUUCCUCCGACCCGUCCAAUUCAUGGACAUAUGGCUCCCUGCAGCACCAUUUCAAUUCAAAAUGGGAAGAACUGUGUGGGCCAAAUAUACGUAUUACAAACAUCCGGAGAGGAAACAUCAGUUGAUCAGUAGUAGGGAUAUUGGCAAAGCAGGCGCUAAAGCAUUUAUCGAUGGUCCAGAAUGGAAAGGUGGAGUAAUCAGAUUAGCAGGAGAUGAAAUGACAGUGGCAGAGAUUCAGAAAGUAUACAAGGAAGUCAUGGGUCAAGAAAUGCCUUUUGCUCCGUCAUUCAUGGCUUGGACAGCUAAACAGUUUGUGCCAAUCGUGAAACAAUUCGCUAAGUUCUUUGACGAAACUGGUUACAACGUUCCUAUCAGCGAAAUCAGACAAGAACUCCCAGACAUGGAAGACUACAGGUCGUUCCUGCUCCGCCACAAGGCCAGCAAUUGA